ACACCUACGUGGGGGCGUGACUGGAAGCCCGGCUUACCUCCAUAACAGCCACUGAGCAACAGCCAAGCCAGCAGGUCUAUCCACUGAGUGCAAGUCAUCCUGACAGCAGCGUUUUAUCAGUAGCUGCUGACCAGCUGCUCACUAGCCCUGGAUUUAGUUAGUUAGUAGUCCGAGUCCGAGUGAGAUCACUUGCUGGCUGUCAACAUUAAAGAAACCUUGUUUAGCUUAGCUACAGACAACCACAUGGAUUCUCAAAACACUACCGCGAAGACGCUUCUGGACCGCGCCAAGACUCUCCGGCUCCACACCGGGAACUUAGUCAACCGAACUCAUCUAAAGAAGAAAUGUCCGUGCUCUCCCAGUGAAGAGCUUCGAGACUGCAUUCAAGCCACGCUGAGCGACUGGCUCUCCACAACAAAAGUGUCAUCUAAGGAUUUUUCAGAUACAUUGGACUGCUCCAUCCCUGAGGCUACUGAUGCCAUCACACCUGAAGAAAGGGAGGAGGUGAAAGUUUCAGUCAAGCUGUUCCUGUGUGAGUCGGGUCAGUCUUCCAUCAGAGAUGCAGUGGAAAUGGCCUGCCAGACGCUUGCAGUGUCCCAGCUUGACUCCGUCAUCAUAGCACCACCUGGGCCGUCGGAGGGUGACAGCCAAAGUUUGACUCACCUUCAGCCAGCGUGGGAGGAGCUGGAAGCGCUCGUCAGGAGCCAACGGAUUGCUGCCAUUGGCACCUCUGACCUGGACAAAGAUCUGCUGGAGCAGCUCUACAACUGGGCUCAGGUGAAGCCCAGCAGUAACCAGGUCAACCUGGCCUCCUGCUGUGUGAUGCCUCCUGACCUCACAGCCUUUGCUAAAGAGUUUGACAUCCAGCUGCUCACACACAGUGACCCCAAAGAGCUGAUGUCGGCAGCCACAUUCCAGGAGGCUGUGCAGGAGGGCACGCAGGACCUGAGCGUUGCUGACUGGAGGCUGGAGUGGGUCCUGCGUUACUCUAUUAUUGUCAAGAGCAGGGGCAUCAUAAAGUCUAAGGGAUACCUUGUCAGCGCGAGGAAGACGAGCCCCUAGCACCCAACCAGAGAGAAAGAUGCAGGGAUGAAGCCAUUUUCCUCCGUUUUCAUUCACAUACAUGGAACAUGCAAAUUAACAAUAACAAUGGAUGUUGCCAGUCACCAAUCAGUCUUUGAGGUCAUUGUUUAUCUUGUAGAUGAGCUUGCAUCCUCCUCAUCUAUGAUCUACUCUGUAUAAAGAUAUAGGUAUUUAUUACCUACAUCUUGGUGGGAUUAAAAGUAGGAGCAUCAUCAGUGCCUUCCACAAAGGGCGGCUCUCACCAUGAUCAGUAGAUUGACAGAUCGGCCAUUUCUCAGCAGUAGACCGUACAGGCUGUUAUAAAUAUGGAAAAGGAUGGAAAAUUAUAUCUGCAACCUUUGGUCCAAGUUUAAUGAUUUUUGACCAUGACCUGUGAAGUGCCUCUGAUCAGUUGCUCCUUCUGUACUUGAUGUCUCCUCUGUGAUGCUUUAAAUCUUUCAGUCCAAAUGAAAAGAUCACAAGUAGGUCAAACAAGAGAAACCCGUAGGAAUUGAUUGUUUUUAGUCAAACUUUAUUUUGAAAGGGUUAGGGUUAGGUUAGGGUAAAUCCAAACACACCAAGUAUUCAUCCAUACAAUUUUUCAUGUCAUGGACCAAGUCCACGACAUGCAAGAUGUCCAAGAUUUUUCCAUUUACAUUCCUUUGAGCAAAAAGAUGCACUAAUUCAAAACCAAGCACACUUGUGAGGUUUAUUGUAUAACACAGACUGAGUUAGACUUUCACUGGUAACAAAGUGCAUAUGUGUAACUUGAGCUAAUCUUUUUUUUUUUUUUUUUUGACCCUGUGAUGUUUUUGCAGGUCCUUUGACAUGUUUUCCACCUGCCCAUGAGAUUAAUUUGAGGGAAAGUACAGCAAUAUUUUGAGAUUGACAUAACUACCAAACUGCUGUACUUUGUGAUGUUAAUAUAGAACUGGACACUCCACGCCAAGGGGAUGUGGAAAGAAAUGUUAGUGAAUGAGUUUUUAUUUAUGCCUCAUAGGUGCUGCAGACAGGGGGUCCAGUGACUUCUCAAAUUCUUUCUUGUACUGUAAAAAUAUUUAAUAUUGUUAUAUCUGUAUAGCAUGAAUUGGCUUUAGUAAAACUAUGAAAUGUGAUUUUUUUACCACCACCAUUGGGGGGAAAUCUUUGAGAAUGGGGCAAUCAUGGGUUCAUGCAGCUGUUUGUCUUAUGGAAUCAAGAUUUUGAUGUUGCAACAAAAUGAAAAUAAUUCCAAAUUGAAAGAGAACAAUAUAGAAAGCAGGUAAAUUGAGUUUAAGGAGGCGAAUCAUUUCCUCCACAGACAUUAACCUUAAUUUCUGUGGUAGAAGUAAAAAAAAAAUCAGGUGAUUUAAGGUUAAAGCAUGUGGUAAAAAUCAUUAUUUUAAUUGUUUAUAAAUUAUGUGUUCAUUGUUAAUUGGAAGAUUCUGUUCUACAGUGAGUGAAGUUAACGGCUUAUUUUUCCCUCAAAGCUUUUCUGUAUUUGGAUGACUAUGACAAUUUAAAAAAAAGUGCAAUCAAUAAAUUGCAAGUGAAUGUGUGAAGAAUUGUCUGAAAAACUUCUUUGGAGUGUCACUCCAGGCAAUACGUUCCAUAAUUUGAUUACAGCAAAGUAGUAUAUUCAUAAUUCAUCAGUCCAUUAAAGAGAGAUGUGAACCUA